AUGUCCAGCAGCAUUCCCAAAAUCGUUCUGUUCGGCGGCACGGGCUUCGUCGGAGGUCAAGUGCUGUACACUUUGCUGACUGGCGAUUUCUCGCUAGGUGAAGCCGAAAUUGUUGUCAUCACCUCUUCAGAGUCCAAGCAUCGACAGAUCGACAGCUGGGCGUCCAAAUUGGGAUCCAAAUUGCAAGGACGUUCUUUGAGCGUAAUUGUGGCGCAACGAGGAGGAGGGAAGGAUGGGAAUGCGUGGUACGAAGCUUCGGAAAAGAUUAGUUCGGAUGCAGACCUCGUCCUUCAAGCUGCCACGUCGGACGAUUUGAAGCUGACAAAAGCUAUCAACAAGGGUCUGAUCAGUGCUCAGAAGAGCGGAAAGAGGGGCGCACUGAUUCAUUUGAGCGGCACUCAACUUAUAGAGACCUUGGCCGGCGGCAAUGCGGAGCCGAAAGCUAGGCAGUACGAUGAUUCUGAUAGGGAUGCCAUUGUUAACAUUUCGGACGAAGCGGCGCACCGGCACAUCGAUCUAGAGAUUGGGCACGUCAUUGCGCGCGGAGAGCUGCCUGGCGCCAUCGUUUGCCCUACGCUGGUCUGGGGUCAAGGACAAGGGCCGGAUCUGCGCGUAUCGACGCAAAUUCCAGAUCUGGUAAAGAAGGCUCUGUACAAUGGCCAUGCGGUGCACGUCGGUGCAGGUACCAACAGCUGGACCUCGGUCCACGUAAGCGACGUGUCCUCUCUCAUCCUGCUCCUCUCCGCUUCUCUGCUCUCCCCAACCUCCUCUGGCAAGGCGUCGAAGCAGAAAGUGGCAGGUGGCGAACAGCUGUUCGAGUCUUUUUACUUUGCCUCGACGCCCAAGCUGCACCUGUUCAAGGACCUCGCUUCCGUCAUUGGCAAGACGCUUCACGCUCAAGGUCUCAUCUCCUCCUCCCAACCUACAUCCCUUCCCUGCCCAGCUCACAAUCCAAACGAGAAGGGCGUGCGCAUCGAAGACGCUGCUAGAUCCGCAGCAGAUGAAGAGCAAGACAAGCGCACACCAAUCUGGCCUACUCGUACCAAUGUCGACUGCAUCGCCAGUCGUGCCGAAAGAGAAGUGAGCUGGAAACCUACCAAGCAUCUCGAUGAGGAAGGCCUCGUAGCAGAUGUCAAAUUCUACGUGGAGCAGUGGCGUGCUGAUGGCACCCUCAAACAGCUGCAGCGAGCCUGA